AUGGCUAUUGCCUACAUUGGGCACACCAUUCUCUACGACGACUUUACUGAAAAAUACAAGAAGGACUACCGAGAGGCUGCCGAGCAUCUGUUGCAGGACCCGAUCAUCGACAUCCUGCAGGGCUUCAACAACCAGGUGAAGAAGCUGCAGACUCAGCUCAAGACCUAUGGUGGGGGCAAGGAUGAGCCCCGUCGAAGGGACAAGGCCGACCGCGCCACGGUGGAGCUCGUGCUGGACCCGCGCACUCGGCGGCUGCUGCUGAAGAUGGUGCACCAGGGGCUAGUCGACCAAGUCAGCGGGUGCAUCAGCACAGGCAAGGAAGCUAACGUCUACUACGCGGAGCAAGGUGCAACUGAACUUGCAGUCAAGAUCUUCAAGACAAGUAUCUUGGUGUUUAAAGAUAGGAGUCGAUACGUGGAGGGGGAGUUCAGGUUCAGGAGGGGUCACUGCUCGAGCAACCCCCGCAAAAUGGUCAAGAUGUGGGCGGAGAAAGAGUUCCGGAACCUGAAACGCAUUCAAGGUAAAAUUGCCAGCCCGCAGCCGCUCUAGGUCAAGAACAAUGUGCUCCUGAUGAGCUUCGUGGGGCGUGACAUGAGGGCCGCCCCCCGGCUUCACCUCGCGCAACUGACCGUGCCACAACUUCACGAGGCAUACCUCAGCCUGCUGAAGAUGAUGCGGACCCUAUACCAGGAGUGCAAGCUGGUGCAUGCUGAUCUGUCGGAGUAUAAUCUGCUCUAUCACGAGGGUGAAGUUGUGAUGAUCGACAUGUCGCACGCGGUCGAGCACGAUCAUCUCUACGCCCUGGAAUUCCUUAAGGACAUCGCCAAUGUCACGGCCUUCUUCCGCAAACGAGGGGUGCUGACUUUCGCCCGUCGGAGUGUGUUUCAUUUCGUCACGGACCUUAGCAUCAGAAAUUUGGAUGUCUACCUUGAGGAGCUGAUGGAGCAGGCUGGCGAAGAAGAGCCUGAGGAUUAGCUGUUCUAGCAGCGGUUUAUCCCUAGGACGCUGGCAGACCUCUCCCUUUAGGAAAUUGAACGAGAUCUCGAAAGGAAAAACAGUGAGUACCACGCACUCACCGGAGUCGUGAUGGACGCAGCUGCCCAAGAUCUGGAGGAGCAAGAGAAGGCAAGGAAGGUGGGCGGCAAGCAGAAGUACGAGGGCCUGAGCAAGCAGGAACGCAAGCACCAGGUCAAGCUGGAGAAGCGGGAAAAGAGGGAAACCAAGAUGCCCAAGCACCUGAAAAAGGCACUCACCAAGAAAAAGUGA